AAGUACAGAUGCAUUUAAAUAAUGUUACCAAUUGGUAUUAGAAGUGUCUAGUUGUCAGUAAAAUGUAUUCCAAUUUUGUGAUAUUAAGUAUAACGAUAAUAUUUACUAAUUUUUUUGGGUGCACUUUCGCUGAUAUAGACAUUUCCUACGCCAUUGAUAUUGACGGCAUUAAUGAUGGCGUUACUGAUUAUACAUAUACGCCAUACAACUGUGGCGAAGACAUUGUGGCGCAAUCGGAAGAAGUUGUCUGUAUAUCUUUCAGGACCAGGGUGCAGUUUGAAUACGCUGAAUGUAAGCAGAAUAUAACAUACUCCGUACAGACAAACCUAUUUGAACAGCCAGAAAUAGUGUUUCACACCGACGAUCAGAAAAAUAUAUUUGCGUUUGUCGAAGUUACAGAAAAAACAGCGGGCGUGUAUUAUUGCACAUUUACUAUUCGGGACGAACGGUUUUGGAAUAAACGCCUAAAAGAACAGUGCGUCAUAAGCAUGACUAUGACUAUUAAAGAUAAGUGGCAAUGGUUCGCUCCUGUGGUGGGAACUCUUUCCUCCCUACUGCUUAUCGUCUUUGUGGUUUUGGGAGGACUUUACUAUCACCGCCGCAGCAACACCGUAGCGAAGACCUUGACAUCAUCCCUCGUACGCCGCAAAGACGCCAAAGAACGACAUUCUCACGAAAACCCAGUGUAUGCAAAUUUAGGUGACAUGGAAACAAAAGCCAAAUGGAAUAAUAUUAAGUUUUGUGAAAUAAACUAUGGAAAUUUAUUAGUUGAUUAAAGUCAAUUGAUAUGGGUA